GAAAGGCAGUUAAACUUGUGCAGAACUUGGCAAACAUCCUACAGAGGCUGUUUGAAGAGGUCCGCACCCAACCUCUCUCUCUUUUACUCUUUCACUUUCGCCCUUUUCUUCGGGACUUUCCAGUCGACAAUAGGUCUGUUAAGGAACCAUGACCAGCAAGUUAGAUUUUCAUCUCUAUGGGUCUUCACUUAACAUCGUGAAACAAUGUGGACCCGGUCUGAGUGAUAUCAUUCAAAGCAAAUUUGGAUGUGUGGCCACCUUUCAUGGCGUGGAUUUUGAAAGCAGGCAGACCACCGCACUGCAGCUAAGGCCAAUACUUGUCCCACAGAAGAGGCUAGAAGUAACGCUUCCUAAAGGUGUUCAGUUGUCUGUGUGGAAGGCCGAUCUCACCAGCUUCAAGGGAGAUGCUGUUGUGAAUGCUGCAAAUAGGGGUCUUCAGCAUGCUGGUGGACUUGCUGAAGCGCUGUCCUCUGCCGGUGGUCCACAAAUCCAAAUAAACAGCGAUGACUACAUCAGCAGGAAGGGUGUGUUGAGCACAGGUGAUGCAAUUGUCUUAACUGCUGGUUUACUACCAUACAAGAAGAUAAUACAUGCUGUGGGCCCACAAAUAUCAAAAUUUGCCAACCGGUCUGAAGUUACACAAGCUGAAUCGCUGUUGCAAAAGACCAUCAGGAGCAUCCUUGACAGAGUUAAGGAAAACCAUCUCCAGUCUGUUGCCAUUCCCGCCAUAAGCUCUGGACUGUUCAACUUCCCCCUGCCACUAUGUGCAGACACCAUAGUGACAACUGUGAAACGCUAUUAUGAAAACUCUUACUAUGUAGACCACCUUCCGCAAGAGAUCUUCCUUGUGAACAACGAUGAACCGUCCGUCCAAGAAAUGGAGAGAGCCUGCCAUGAGAUAAUCAGUAAGUCAUACAGCCAGGCAGUUGUAAGCCAAACCAGAGGUGCUGCUGCUGCUGCUGCUGCAAGAUCAACACCCACUGUCCAGAUUGGGAAUGUCCAUCUGACCCUGAAGAAGGGUAAAAUUGAGGAACAGCAGACAGAUGUCAUCGUCAACACUGUAUCACCAGACCGAAACUUGAGGAUUGGUCAAAUUUCAAAAGCUUUAUUGGAAAAAGCUGGACCUAACUUGCAAAUGGAGAUUAAUAGUGUUAAGCAGACAGGAAAUGUCUUCGUCACAUCACCUCAAAGUCUGCGUUGUAGAGCAGUGUAUCACACUUUUUGCUCUGAUAAGGACGUAUAUGCAGCUAAGCAGAUGCUUUACGAUUCAGUAUAUGGUUGCUUACAGAGGGCAGCUGCACAUCAGUACAACUCAAUUGCCUUUCCUGCAAUUGGGACUGGAGGACUCAGGUUCAAUAAAAAAGAAGUUGCUGUGAUCAUGUCAAAUGCAGUGACUGACUUCGCCCAUAAUACAACAAACAGGAUGGAUGUUCGUUUUGUCAUAUUUCCUCAUGACAACGACACAUAUCAGGCAUUUGAGGAACAAAUGAGAUCUCUCCAAAGCCAAUUCAAAGCGCCUGAUCCCAGCGUUUCACAUGCUUCUGGGCAUGAAGGUGACUUCCGUGACAAAAGAGCUCCCGUUCCACAGAUCACCCUGAAUGCCUCCUCUAAUGAGGCCAUAUGUGAAGCUGAUCGUUGGCUCCGUAACCUUCUCUACAAGCCCUGUGACUUACUCAUGAUUUCCAACAACUUCAUCCUGUACUUUGGCGAGGAAGAACAUCUGCAGCUGGCCAGUCUAAAAAAAGGGGGGGUUUCCAUUCUGGAGUCUUUUGAGAACGGUCGUGCCUCCAUAAUGGUAGAUGGGGUUUCAGCUGAGGAUGUUGUAGUCGCUGGGUUACAGGUGGAAGCCAUACUCUGCAAGGUCCAAAAGGACUUUGUUGCAGAGGAAGAGAGCACCUUGCGCCUCAUGUCAACUGGGAAUGUGUCCUAUGAAAGAAAGCUAGUUGACCCCAACGGUUUCUCAUCUGCCUUCAAAAAACACGGGCCCCAGGUUGUGAAGAUUGAGGAAGUGGAGAACCUCAAACUGAGGGCGCUUUUUGAGCUCAAGAAAAAACAGCUUGGCUGCUCCAGUACUCGAAAAAUGUAUCAACGCAUACCAGCACACUUCUGUGAGAUGGUCAGCCAUAUUGGAUUCCACGCAGAGUAUGCACCACCUGAUGACCCAGCGUAUGGAGAGGGCAUCUACUUUGCUGAUUCAGUGAAGACGGCCAUGAAAGUGUGGAAGAACGGAGAAGAAAAAGAGGAGUAUCUGUACUUUGUGGAGGCCGAGGUGCUGACAGGAAAAGAUACCAGAGGUAAACCUGGUCUUAUUCUGCCACCUCCUAGGGGAAAAGAUCCACCUAUUCUGUAUGACAGUGUUCACGGAGGAAGUGAUAUCUCUGUCAUAUUUAGUGGUUAUCAAGCUCUGCCCAGGUACAUUAUCACCUGUCAGAGAGAGAGAGAGAGAACAAUGGUUUAGCCACUGUGUCCUCUGGGUUUAUUGUGCUCUGUGGUACAAAUAAGAAUAUUAAGAAUACAGCAGUGCCUGAGAAAACUAGGCAAUACCAAGUUAGAUUCUUCCAAAAGAUACAAUAUCAGAGAGAUAACACAGGUGCCCAAUGUUUUUCUUGAUGCAGUUUGGAAAACGCGUCAUUGAUGAUGAUGAGUUUGUUUCUUUUUGAGUGAUCAUAUGUUUUACAUAGCACAAGUAUUGUUGGGGAUGACAAUAAUUUUUAUAUUGAUUAAAGAUACAACUUCAAAUAUUGCACUUAGUUGUAGCAACUAUCAUACUAUUUACAAUGGUAAAAGUUAUUUGUUUUGGUGGAAGUACAUUAUUAUAUGUUAUAUGUUAUACAUGUACACUUAUUAGAGCUUAAGAGAUUCCACAAAUGUUUGUACACUGAAAUAAAAUUGAUUUCAAUAUGUUUUAGAAGAAGAAUAAAAUAUAAUCUUUCAUGUAACUGGUGAAAAGCUGCAAGGUGUGCAUUACAGUGAGACAACAUAUACAUGAUUGUAAACUGUAUAUUAUAAAUGUUCAUGAAACAAUUACUGUCAAAUUGGAAAUUGAUAUAGGGAUGAAGCACACAACGGCAGAUAGUUCAUGUGUCUGAUGUUAUAAAAAUAAAAAAAUGAAAAAAUAAAA